AUGGGGUACAGAAAGCUUGCAAAGAUUGUCGAAAUUGAGAAGCCUAAAUUGUAUUGUGGCUCUGAUAAUCCUGCAUCAGAUAUUGCCCCGAUCCUCAUGGAUCUCAAUGAUCUUAACAAGGUUUGGGAAAUUAAAACUCUCAAAAGAGUCCGGGAGAGCGAGGCAAGGGAAAUUCUAGAAAAGAUAUCUAAACAAGUACAACCCAUUAUGCGUAAACAUAAGUGGAAAGUCAAGAUCCUUUCUGAAUUUUGCCCAUCAAAUCCGUCUCUUUCAGGGCUGAACAUAGGAGGAGGUGCAGAGGUUAAGCUGAGAUUACGGCGACCAAACAAUGAGUUCGAUUUCUUCCCUUACAACCAAAUCCUGGAUACUAUGCUUCAUGAACUGUGCCACAACGAAUAUGGCCCUCACAAUACACAAUUCUACAAUCUUUUAGAUGAAAUCAGAAAGGAAUGUGAGGAACUGAUAGCCAAAGGUAUCACAGGCACUGGACAAGGCUUUGAUCUCCCAGGUAGACGUUUGGGUGGGUUUUUGCAUCAGCCAGCUUUAUCAUCAUUGCGCCAGAAUGCUCUGGCUGCUGCAGAGAGUAGAGCACACCGUGGAGCUCUGUUGCCAACUGGACCCAAGCGAAUUGGUGGUGAUAGCAGCAUCAUGUCUGCACUCAGCCCAGUACAAGCAGCUGCUAUGGCUGCAGAAAGGAGAUUACGUGAUGAGGUGUGGUGUGGCUCCAAAUUUUCUGAGGGGGGAGGACCUUCUGAAAGAUCUAGUAAUUCUGCACUACCAGAAGGUGGUGGAUCAACUCAAACUUCCUAUAUUGGUACUAUAUCUCAUCCAGAAACGGCAGAUCUUAGUGCAAUGUGGCAGUGCAGUACCUGUACAUUACUGAAUCAACCAUUGGCUCUGGUUUGUGAAGCUUGUGGAGCUCAAAAGCACGAGGCUCAUGAAAUGAAGUCCAGGGUAUGGUCCUGCAAAUUUUGUACCUUGAAUAAUGGUAUCGAUGUAGAGAGAUGCGUGGCUUGUGGAGAGUGGAGGUACUCUUAUGGUCCUCCUGUCUGCACCCCUGGACCCUAUCCGGGCACAUGA